AUGCCAAUCAACAUCACACGAUGGAGGACGAUUUCAGCGAGCUCUGGCGUGAUAGAUGAUGGCAACGUAGGUAAGGACAGCGGUAGAUCCCGACAGAGAAGAAAGAUCACGACCAAGGACGAUUUCGUUGCAAGCUCCGACGUGAUGAACGAUGGUGACACAGGCAAGGACGGCAGUAGAUCGCGCCGGAGAAGUAAGAUCACGGCCGAAGACGAUUCCGUUGCGGGCUCCGACGUGAUGAACGAUGGCGGCGCAGGCAAGGACAGCGACAGAUCACGCCGGAGAACAAAGAUCACGGCCGACGACGACCGCCGCGGAAGAGAGGAGAGAGAAGGCGGAGGAGAAGAGAGGGAGAGGGAGGGACGGGCGCAGCGUCGUGCGAGGAAGACAGAGAGGAAAGAGAGAGAGGAGAGAGGAGAGCCGUCACCUGAAUGA